CAACACAGAAGGGUGGAUAGAAAUGGUUCCCUUAUCCUUUCUUUCUUCUUCUUGCUCAAUAAGAUUCCAAAGCCAACCCAGAUAAUAGCCAGCAGUUUCUUUCUUUUCUUCUACAAUAAUGGCUAAGGCUAUUGCAGGCUUCAGCAUUAUCAAACCAACCCUGCAUAGCUCAAAUCUCCACCAACACAAAUCAACUCUCAUUCCACCUUCAAAACUGCUUUCAAACUCUAGAGCUUUCAAUCAUCAAGAACCGCCUGAAGUUACAAAGCCACGAAGGGGCUCUCUGGGAAAAUUAAAUGCUUUCCCAGAUUGGCAAUUGAUGGCAGUUCUAGUUGAUCACUUGGAUGGCCAAAGAGACCUUGUUACCCACAAAUCCAUAGUGCAUCUUAGUGAUGAAGCUAUAAAGAAUGUCUACAGUCUGUACAUCAUGUUCACAUGUUGGGGUUGUUUGUUCUUUGGCUCUAUGAAGGAUCCAUAUUAUGACUCGGAAGUGUACAGGAAAGAUGGAGGAGAUGGAACAGGUCAUUGGGUCUAUGAGAAGCAAGAGGACAUUGAAGAAGCAGCAAGAGCAGACCUGUGGAGGGAGGAGCUGAUAGAGGAGAUUGAGCAAAGGGUUGGAGGACUAAAAGAGUUGGAAGAAGCUGGAAAGAAAUAAGAGACUUUGGGAAACCACUUCUGUUCUUGAUUUAUUACAGCAUAAAUCAUUCUGUUCUGUGUAUAUAUUUAAACACUUGGAAUUCUUUAGCUGUUGAGAAUAUGACAGUUCUAGAAAAGAGAACAAAAUGUAAAACAGCAGAAACCAACCAAAAACAUAAGAACACAUCAGUUAUUGUAUCAUCAUCAUUUUUGGGUCAGAUUAUUAUGUUUUUGGUUUAUAAAAGAAUGAAAAGUUGGGUUAA